AUGGACAGCAACACUGCUCAACACCAACUCAGUGUCAUAAAGAGUCCACCUGGAUGGGAAAUAGGCAUCUAUAUUACUGGUGCACUUGCUCUGCUGGGAAUAAUUGGAGUAAACCUGUGGAAAAUGUGGAAAUCUGGCAGCUACCCUGCACCAUCCCCAUUUCCAAACUAUGACUACAGAUAUCUGGAGCAAAAGUAUGGGACUACAUAUUCUCAGAUCAAGCAAAAGAGAGCUCCCAUGUGGAGUUUCCGAAAGGCUGGAGAAAGGACAUCUCCUCUUUGCAAGCCAAGUUUGAAAAUGGAUGAUACCUUUGAAAACAUUAAUGAGUUGGGCACGCUGGAGCUGAUGAACAGAGACCUUGAAUUAGCACCAUAUGGACCCUUGAAAAAAUCCAUCUCAACGGACUCGCUUAGCUCCAUCUCCUCCAUUGGGAACAACUUUGGCCAAGAGUUCAUAGUGGGUCAAGUGGAAGUCAAUAUGGAAUAUGAUGUGAACUCCAACACCUUGCAUGUCACCCUGCUGCAAGGGAAAGAUCUCAUGGAGAAGGAAGACGUCAACUUUGAGUCCUGCUUCGUGCGCAUCAGUUUGCUUCCAGAUGAACAAAUUGUUGGCAUUUCUAGGAUCCAAAGAAGCGCCUACUCGGUCUUCUUCGAUGAGAGGUUUUCAAUCCCUUUGGAUCCUGCUGCCCUGGAGGAAAACCGCUUGAGAUUUUCUGUCUUUGGCAUUGAUGAGGAUGAGAGAAACAUCAGCACUGGCGUAGCUGAGCUAAAGUUGUCAGACUUGGAUCUCUCUAUCCGGCCUUUCAAUGCGUGGCUGUAUCUGCAGGACAUGAACAAGGCAACCGAUUCAGUGGGUGAAAUCUUGCUUUCGCUUAGCUAUCUACCAACAGCAGAGCGACUAACGGUUGUUGUGGUUAAGGCCAAGAAUCUGGUAUGGACCAACGGCAAAAUGACUGCAGAUCCUUUUGUGAAAGUGUACUUGCUGCAAGACGGGAGGAAGAUCAGCAAGAAGAAGACUGCGACAAAAAGAGAUGACACAAAUCCUGUAUUUAAUGAAGCCAUGAUUUUCUCCGUGCCAGCAAUCGUCCUACAGGAGUUGUCUCUGCGGGUGACUGUGGCAGAAUGUUGUGAAGAUGGGAGAGCGGAAAACAUUGGCCAUGUUGUCAUAGGUCCAGCGGCAGGUGGCAUGGGCAUCACACAUUGGAACCAGAUGUUGGCCACGUUGAGGAAGCCGGUGUCCAUGUGGCACCCACUUCGACAAAGCUAAAGACAUACUUGCACUCCGUUGUGAAUAAUCUGGCAUGGUGCCUAAACUCAUCCAGUAGGCUGAAGCUGUUGGCAAAUGGUGUUUACAACACCUAUGAGCAGAAACUAUUUUCCCAGUUAUUCACAAAAAUAAGUAACAACAACAGAAUAAAAGUUUGAUUGCCGAAUGGGACCACAGGAACCUUGAGAAAACUUUGUAGAGUUCAAGCGUAGAAGAGGAAGCUACUGGAAUAAACAAUAGCUUGCAAUAGCUUGUUGCUGCGAUAGCUUGUUGACGAAUCGGGUGGGGCGUGGCUCCACCAUUCUAAACAUCACCAGCUUGGGCAA